GUCAGUUGUCACUGUCAGUUGUCAAAAAGAAAAUGGUUUCAUAAUAGUUUUCAUCGCACAUUUACUAAGUAUUUUAUCCCUUAAUUUAUUAGCUAUCAAUUAUUAUUCAUCAUUUCUAUUUAAACGCUUAACAAUCUUAAUAUGGCAGCGUUAAUCAAAUUACGCAACAUGCCUAUAAUCCAACGAUCUGUUUGGAAUCACUUGGCAAAAUCUAAUCGCUGCAUAUCAACGUCUAAGAAAAACAGCGACACUGCAACUACUGCUGCUGAAUCAAGCACAGAUGCUGUGAAUAAGAAUUGGGUAAGCUAUGGCUUCGAUUUCAAAAGCAGUGAAGAUGAUACAAACGCCCAUCAUGCAAGUUACUUCUUCUCAGUGACAUUGUGCUUAGUUUUUGGAGGAUUUGCAUGGGCCUAUGCACCGGAUGUUCACAUGCGCGACUGGGCUCAGAGAGAAGCUUAUCUAGAAUUAUAUCGACGUGAAAAGGCUGGCCUGCGUCCAAUCGACCCCAACUAUGUAAACCCUAAAUCUGUUAAACUGCCAUCUGAAAGUGAAUUGUGCGAUGUUGAAAUUAUUAUUUAAAGGGAUUGUUAUGAUGUUAACCAGCUCUAUUUAAGUAGUAAAUAAUAAAGGGAUUAAUAGUA